AUGCGUUACUUUCAGAAUCAUCUCUCUACCAACAACCUGUCCUGUGUCUGUCUGUCCAGGUACAGAGAGCAUUAUGUCAACAACCUGUCCUGUGUCUGUCUGUCCAGGUACAGAGAGCAUUAUGUCAACAACCUGUCCUGUGUCUGUCUGUCCAGGUACAGAGAGCAUUAUGUCAACAACCUGUCCUGUGUCUGUCUGUCCAGGUACAGAGAGCAUUAUGUCAACAACCUGUCCUGUGUCUGUCUGUCCAGGUACAGAGAGCAUUAUGUCAACAACCUGUCCUGUGUCUGUCUGUCCAGGUACAGAGAGCAUUAUGUCAACAACCUGUCCUGUGUCUGUCUGUCCAGGUACAGAGAGCAUUAUGUCAACAACCUGUCCUGUGUCUGUCUGUCCAGGUACAGAGAGCAUUAUGUCAACAACCUGUCCUGUGUCUGUCUGUCCAGGUACAGAGAGCAUUAUGUCAACAACCUGUCCUGUGUCUGUCUGUCCAGGUACAGAGAGCAUUAUGUCAACAACCUGUCCUGUGUCUGUCUGUCCAGGUACAGAGAGCAUUAUGUCAACAACCUGUCCUGUGUCUGUCUGUCCAGGUACAGAGAGCAUUAUGUCAACAACCUGUCCUGUGUCUGUCUGUCCAGGUACAGAGAGCAUUAUGUCAACAACCUGUCCUGUGUCUGUCUGUCCAGGUACAGAGAGCAUUAUGUCAACAACCUGUCCUGUGUCUGUCUGUCCAGGUACAGAGAGCAUUAUUUCAUUGCAUAAAUAAGUUGUUGUCAUUAA